AGUGAUAACCGCGAUCAGUAGGGGAUGAGACAGUGAGACAGUGAAGACAGUGCACCUCGCCUGAGUGUCCGCCCCGCAGGCGCUGUGUGCUUGCCGAGGAAGACGGCCCCGGAGCGGAGGGGGGGAGGAGUCGGAGGGGGGCACAGCGGCGACAGUGGCGACGAUGGCCUCCAUCCCCGUGGGCAGCCUCGUGGCCAAGAACGACUACUACCGGAAGCGUCUGGGUUCCGCUUCCAGCGUGUCGUCCUGUGGCUCCACCAGCAGCAACGAACAUCUGGAGGGCGCUCAGCACCCUCACCACCACCAUCACCCCGGCCUGCCCAGCCAUUCCCCUGGUAACUGGUGGCUUGGCUUCUUCUUCAACAAGAACCCCCCCCUCACCCCCCCCACCACCACCUCCUCCACCCCCCCCACCACCUCCUCCACCCCCCCCACCACCUCCUCCACCACCUCCGGCCACCACGGGACCCCCUUGGAAUCGUCGGAGUUAGUCCCGACCUCCCAGCAGCCCCCCAUUCUAGCGGGGCUCACUGAGCGCUGGGGUGCCGCCCCCCCUGAAGAGGAGGCGGGGGCAGUGGGGGCAGCGGAAGCAAUGGGGGGGGCAGUGGGGGGGGCAUCCCCCCCCGGACUGCUGGCGGGGUUCACGUCACGCAUCAGCGCUCACGUGGUGCCACGCCGCGGGUCCGCAGCCACGGACGCCCUGCAUGGCGCCGCUGACCUCGAGAUGACCUCUGCCACGGCCAUGAUGGCCGCCCUGGCACCAGCGGGCAACCUCACCCAAUCCGACGGCAGCCACCCUGGGCCCUGACCCAUGAAUCGCUCUACCCAUCUCCUGGGCCCUGGACCCUGAAUCGCUCUACCCAUUUCCUGGGCCCUGACCCAUGAAUCGCUCUACCCAUCUCCUGGGCCCUGGACCCUGAAUCACUCUACCCAUCUCCUGGGCCCUGACCCAUGAAUCGCUCUACCCAUCUCCUGGGCCCUGGACCCUGAAUCACUCUACCCAUCUCCUGGGCCCUGGACCCUGAAUCACUCUACCCAUCUCCUGGGCCCUGGACCCUGAAUCGCUCUACCCAUCUCCUGGGCCCUGGACCCUGAAUCACUCUACCCAUCUCCUGGGCCCUGGACUCUGAAUCACUCUACCCAUCUCCUGGGCCCUGACCCAUGAAUCGCUCUACCCAUCUCCUGGGCCCUGGACCCUGAAUCACUCUACCCAUCUCCUGGGCCCUGGACCCUGAAUCACUCUACCCAUCUCCUGGGCCCUGACCCAUGAAUCGCUCGACCCAUCUCCUGGGCCCU